AAAAAAAAUUUCAUUGUCACAGAGAGAGAGAGAGAGAGAGCGAGCAAGCAAGACUAGGCUAAGAGAGAUUGCAGGAAAUGGAGGGCUCAAUUAUUGGAGAAAAAUAUAAGCUUGGAAAAAUAAUUGGCAGUGGUGCCUUUAGUAAGGUGAGAAUUGCAACAGAUAUCCAUACUACAUGUGAGGUUGCUGUAAAGAUCCUUGUCCAUGAGACGAUGAAGAUAAAGAAAAUGGAAGAAAGAGUGUAUAGAGAAAUCGAAAUAUUGAGAUUGUUGAGCCAUCCUCAUAUAAUUAGACUUUAUGAGGUUAUAGACACCCCAAAAGAGAUCUAUUUUGUGAUGGAGUAUGCAAAGAAAGGAGAUUUACUUGAAUACAUUUCGAAGAUGGGAAAAUUGCAGGAGGAAGAAGCUCGUAAAAUUUUUCAGCAAAUAAUCUCUGGUGUGGAGUAUUGUCAUGAGAAUAAGGUGGUUCAUAGAGACCUUAAGCCUGAUAAUUUGCUUUUGGAUUCUGAACGAAAUGUGAAGAUUACUGAUUUUGGUUUGGGCAAUAUAAUGUCUGAUGGUCAAGGGUUUAAUACAAGAUGUGGAAGUCUGAACUAUGUUGCCCCAGAGGUACUUUCAGAAGGAUUCUAUAAGGGGCCCCACGUAGAUGUUUGGAGUUGCGGCAUCAUCCUAUACAUUCUACUAUGUGGCAAAUUUCCAGCAUUCGAUAAUGCUGGGAUAUCCACUUUUCCAGGUCAUUUAUCACCUACAGCGAGAGACUUGAUAUCAAAGAUGCUUACGGUGAACCCAAUGGAGCGUAUAGAAAUUCCCAUGAUUCGCAAGCACCAGUGGUUUCAGGCACAUCUUCCAUGAUUUUGAGAAAUUGUAUUUCAAUGUUUGAUUAUAGUAAGUGAGAACUAAUAGGAAUGUGAACGAUAUUUAUGAGUUUUAUCUGUGAUUUACAAGUUUCAUUACAAAAUAUUGUAGCAAUGUUUGAAUGUUCUCUUUA